AUGUUCAAAGAACUCAUUCGGCAACAUGCCGAGAAGGCACUUGCUCACGAACUUGAUGUUUUGACAGAGACUAUUCCAAAAGAGCAGGGCGAACGGAAGGAAAAGUUCCGUGUCCAGAUGAAAUCAUUUCAAGCACUUUUCAAACGUUUCAUCGAAGCGUCAGAAGAUAUUGAUUGGCACAAAAUUAAGCUUCUGCCUGAUGAUGAGAUCCAAGCAUAUUCACAACUUCCCGACAUAACGGACCGAAAUCUGACCCGAGAACAGUUGAACAAAUUAGUGGUUAUCAAACUAAAUGGUGGCCUCGGAACGAGUAUGGGCUGCACCGGGCCAAAAUCACUCAUAUCUGUUCGCAAUGACCUGACUUUCCUAGACCUAACUGUUCAACAAAUUGAGAAACUAAACACCAAGUACGAGUGCAAUAUUCCACUGGUCCUCAUGAAUUCAUUCAAUACCCAAGAGGAGACUGCAAAAGUGCUGCACAAGUACAAGAAUGUCAACGUUGAAGUUUACACAUUUAUGCAAAGCAUGUAUCCGCGACUUAAUCGCGAGUCCUUUAUGCCCAUUGCGAAGACCGUUGAUCCAAACCUUCUCGGUAGUUCCCCAUCCUCCCCUGAGUGCUUUGAUCACCCCGCCGUCGAUCUCUCUGGUUGGUAUCCUCCCGGUCACGGUGAUGUCUACCGCAGCUUCGUCCAGUCAGGUUUGGCUGCUGAGAUGUUGGCAGCUGGCAAAGAAUGGCUAUUUAUCUCCAACAUAGAUAAUUUAGGCGCUUCCGUUGACCUAAACAUCCUGAACUUCCUCAUAUCUGGUGGUAGGGGAAAAUGCUCUCCCGGUUUUGUCAUGGAGGUAACUGACAAGACCCGAAAUGACGUGAAGGGUGGUACACUGGUCAUCUACGAAGACAGACUGCGACUGCUGGAAAUCGCUCAGGUUCCCAAAGAGCACGUGGAUGAAUUUACCAGUGUGCGCAAAUUCCGUAUCUUCAACACCAACAACCUCUGGGCUAAUCUAAAGGAGGUCGAGAAAUUAGUGUCGACGAACCAACUAGCCAUGGAGGUCAUCUACAACCCAAAGACUCUGGACUCUGGUAUAAACGUCCCCAGAAGCCGUUUCCUUCCGGUAAAAACGACGUCCGACCUGCUGGUAAUGAUGUCCAACCUCUACGCUCUCGAGGACGGUCAUAUCUUCAUGUCUCCAAAGCGCAGUUUCCCAUCUGUUCCGCUUGUAAAACUAGGAGAAGAAUUUAAGAAGGUGAAGGACUUCCUUGCACGCUUUGCUAACAUACCCGAUCUCCUCGAACUGGAUCAUUUGACAAUUGCGGGCAACGUUUUCGUUGGUCGAGACGUCUCCCUCAAGGUAUGCUCCCUAGACUGCGCCUAUACGUAUGCCCAAACGAAUACUGUCUUAAAAUUACAAAAGCAGGGUUUUUCUAUAACUACCAGUGGGCACUGCGUAUCUGAUAUCGUUACUUUGUGUCCAUAG